UUAUUUUCUUAAACCACUGGUCGGCCAUGUACGGCAUCCUGCUAGAAAGUAUUGUGACCUUUAUCAAAAAGGCAUACAGCGAAGAGAAAUGGGAGCUGAUCCGCAAAAGUGCCCGGGUAGAUCAGGAAAACUUUAGCGCGCACCAAGUGUACGCGGAAACGGUCAUUCCACGUAUUGUCGAUGCGUGCCACAACCACCUUGGGAUACCAAAAGAAGACAUCCUGAUUUCCUUUGGGAAGACGUACGUGGACUUUAUCUCGCACUAUGGCUACGAUAAGAUUCUGAAAGUUGUGGGACGGAACUUCCGGGAUUUCCUCAACGGACUGGACAACAUCCACGAAUACCUGCGCUUCUCCUAUCCCAAACUGAAACCACCCAGCUUUUUCUGCGAACAGGAAAGUCGCACGGGUUUGGUACUGCAUUAUCGCAGUCGGCGGCGGUAUGAUGGCUAUACCCAUUAUGUCAUGGGAAUUGUCAAGUCCGUGGGGAGGACUUUCUACAAACAAGAUAUUUCAGUCAGCGUUUUAAAACAGGAAACUACCGGCAACAUGGUGCAUGUCACCUAUCAGCUCAGCUUUGAUAAUUCGGCUUAUCAAGAAGAGGAAAAGCGAGAAAACACCCAGAAUCUUCCACUGCGUAUGGAUGUGUUUUAUGACCUUUUCCCCUUUCACAUCCUGUUCGACCGUGACAUGAUUAUCCGCAGCAUCGGUAAAAGCCUGCGGGCCACCAUUGAUGAGAUCACCGGGUACGAUGUUACUCAAGUGUUCUCAUUAAAGAAGCCCCUGGUUGAUUUUUCCUGGGAUGCGAUCAUUGGGCGUACCAACACAAUGUUCGAAUUGGCAACGAUUGAUCCCAUCCGGGGACGGGAAGAGACCGGGGAUGAGGACGAAGCAUACACGUGGACAGAUACCAACGGAAAAAAGCGCACAUCCGUGGUAUCCAUCUCACAAGACGAUGAUUCCGGUACAUUUCUCCGUCUGAAAGGUCAAAUGUUGUUUGUCAGAGAAUGGGAGUCCAUGCUGUUUCUGGGCACGGCUGUAUUGCAGGAUUUGGAUGCACUGUGUCAGACGGGAUUGUACCUGAACGAUUUGAGUAUGCACGAUAAUAGCCGGGAUUUAGUGCUGGCUGGAGCACAGCAAGGCAUCGAAAUGAAAUUGAUUUUAAAACAGGAGCAAUCACGUACAAAGCAGCUGGACGAUACGCUCCGUCAAUUGGAAUCGGAAAGGCACCGCAGCAAGGAGCUGCUGUAUAAAAUGCUGCCCAAAGCACUUGCCAAUGUACUGAUUUCCCGUGCGGAACAGAACGGUCUGGAGCUCGUACCGAACGAUACGAUGGACUUGGCCCAACAAGCCACUCUCUUUGUCUGUUCUAUCCAGACACUCGAUGGCCAGCCCGGUCCCCUGGAGACGGCGCAGUCCGACAAUCUCCAACAACUAAUACAGCUGCAACGCCAGAUGGAGAUGUUUUCCGAACGAUUUGGUUAUUACAAGAUUGAAACUACACGACAUCAUUUCAUGGCAGCCAGUGGCAUUCCAACUGGUACCGAAGUCACCGAAGAGAACGCCUGCUUUUUGGCCAAAAAGGUCUUCCGCUUUGCCAGUGGAUUGUCGCGGCUGAGAGUCUGCAUGGCGAUUUGCACGGGUCCAACGGUCUUCGCAGUGAUUGGUUCCCGGUUUCCGCGGAUGUGCCUUUUUGGACAAACUGUGGCUACUGCCAAUGCCAUGGUCGAACUCAUGAAACCUACAGAAAACCAGCCACAAAUUCUGGUAUCGGAAACGACUAAAUUGCGCCUGCCCAAAGAUACCGGACAAAAAUUUGUACAUGGUCCACCGAUUGCUGGAAAGGUUGCUGGAAAAGAGAAAGACAUCAAGACCUACGUUUUACAGCAGCAGCAGUAAUCUAAACGUCACAGUAAAUAGUUUCUCGAAUCACUAAUCUUGCCAUCUAAUACCGACCUUCACAUCCGAAUCGCACUAUAAACUGCAUGUCAUUGAGUAUUAUGCAUUAUUCCUAAGAAGUCAUUCAUUACGUGUUCCGUACCUUUAAUUUAAGUGUCGUAUUCAGAGAAAGAUGGCUUUGCUUGCUCGUUCAUUUUCAGAUAUGUUUAUUUUAUUUUUAGUACAAAGACUGUUUUAUUUUUGCCUGGCGAAACAGACAUUUGCAUGAUUUAACGGGGCUUAUU